GUAGCUAGGUUAUUGGCCUUGGAAACUAUCAGGCAAUCUAUUCGUCAUAAAAGCAGAACUCGGGAAAUGGCGCCACCGGAGGAACACCCUCUGCACGCUCUUCUAGCGUGGGCGCAUCAGCAACAACAUGGGCUGAUUGCGCCGAUGCUGGAGGCAUGCAAAGCACUGGAGCUGGGGCUAAGCGGAAGGCUGGUGGGAGGUGGAGCAGCUGCUGACGCGGCAACGGAUGGCGCGGGGCGCCACCUCGGACUGCCUGCGCACCAGACAGCGCCGCGCGCUGUCUGGUGCGCGGUGCCGUUCGCCAGCAUCAACAGCUGCUCCGUUGGCGGCGGCGGCAGCAGCAGUGGCGCAGCCUCCACGUCGAAAGCUGCAGUGGGAAUCCUGGGCUCAGGUCUGGCAGCGCCGGGACAAGGGCAGCAAGCGGAGCUGACGCCCGCGCUGCGCGCAUUGAGCGGCACAUGGUUCAAGGAUAAGCGCCGAUCCGAGAGUAUGGAGGCAGCGAUGAACAUGAUGCACUUGAACGGCAUCGUACGGCAGGCGGUCAAGCUGGUGCGGGGCGUGCGCAUCGACCUUACACCCGAGCAGUUCACCUUCACGGUGUUCAGCUACAUCGGCUGGUUCAAGGUGAAAGAAGUGUACCCCAUGAGCGGCGAGGUGCGGCAGUUCAAGCGGAGAGACCUGCGGCGAGGCAAGGCGCAGGGCUGGGUGGAGAAGCACGGCGACCACCUGCACGUGCAGCUCAAGUGGGACGCGCCGUUCGGCGGGCAGGGCACGGACCACUUCCGGCUGAUGGGCGAGGACGAGCUGCAGAUCGAGAGCGUGCUGAACGUGGCGGGGCAGACAGCCAGCUACCUGACGAUCUACAACCGCAAGCACGACCGCCAGCACCGCCACCACGACGGCCGCAGCGAGGACGGCCACGAGGACGGUGGUCACCACCACGGCGACCAACAGCGCCAGCACCCCCGCGACGUGGACAGUCAACCCCGGCAGAAGCGGUGAAGCAGCGCCAGACGCCGGCCGCCUCGUGCCUGGCUGGGCGGCCGUGUGGACUGGCACGCACGUGCGUGGCUGCGCCGCACACGUUCACGCGUCAUGAGAUCUUCAAUGUGCGAAUAGGCGGAUGGGCAGUCACCGCCACACCAACCGGCGCCAACCGAGCUAAUUACGGCCCGCACUACCCGGCGCCGAUAGCAAACAUAGCCACAUCGGAUUGAUUGUAAUAGGUGGCUAAGGCCUCCUGGUGCUUUCAUCUAUUUUUCGGGCUGGGCCCCUGGUGCGCAGCGUAAUCGGAGGGUAGGUGAAUAGGUAUUUCCGAACACAACUGAAAGAGAGGAAUGGAGGGGAUAUACGGCACUGUUUGACGAAAGACACCAGUGCAGUUUCAUGUACAUGCAUGCAAGUGCUGGCGUGGGACAGCUAGCCCCUCACCAGUCCGGUGGCCUCAACCACUGCAGGGUGGGUUGCGUGAGUAUCAUCGUGUGUUGGUGCUUUCAUCAGUCCAACAGAGGUGUUCAUGGGUAGGCUGUGGCGACCGUGUCUUGGACCCAGAUCGGAGGAAGACUUGGGGGGUGUGGCGAUUGCCAUGCGCAGCGAUAAGGAGAAGCGGUGGGGCGAAACUGCGUACGAGCAGCAUGACUCAUGCAAGCCGCAAGCGGCUUCGAGUUGCGUCGGGUUCGGGGUGAGUGCAGGCCAUUCGCUUAGGGUGUGCGGCCAGGUGCUUGUCGCUUUGUUGGGGCCACUCACUGGCCGCAGCAGGCAUGUCAAUCGCCAUGUGGGCCAUGUGGGUGCUGUGUUGGGCUGUCGGGCACAAUUUGUAGUAGAUAGUUGCGUAGCAAUGCAGAGCAAUGCGAGUCACGCGGUGCAAGACCAGGGGUGCGCGAGACCUGAAAUGCCUGUGGUCGGAGCCAAAGGUC